CAUAUUUGAGUGGUAAACAUUGUAUCUAUUUAUAAACGACAUGUAUACGGUUAAACCAUACUAUGAUGCCGAUGUAACCAUAUCGGUGCCAUCUAACAUGUACAGACUGCAGAAUGUACACCAAGCCGAGAAGGGUGUGUCAGUAAAGGAUUGCAGUACAGAUGACCUUGAUCCAGUGACAGCACUAGAGAGAAGACAGGAAGUCAUACUACAGAGGUUAGAAGGUCUGAAAAACGUUUUACAAGGAUUGAAAUCAAGGUAUAAAUCUCCAGAUACUCCCAGCGCCAGCGUAACAUCAAAGGCACCCAGUGCAAGCAAGAGGGCAGCAGGGAAACCGAUGGAUCUGGGUGAUGGAGUCCUUGAUUUGGUUGUGAAUGCUGACCCAGACCAGGUUCCAUUUUCUUUGUUUGUUAUGUUCAAACUCCUUCAAGAGAAGUUUCGAGUUCGAGGUGUUACACAUGUUCACUCAAGUGUAACAUCCAAAUGUGCCACAAAUCUGUUUCCCCCUAGUGAUGGAAGAUGUGACUACCAAAUUAUCCUUACACUGAUAUGGAAGAAAGUAUCUAAUGGUCCUGAAUUGAUGGUCAAUCCUUUAAGACAGUCUGUCAUACAAGGGGAAGUAAACAUUGUCCGCUACUUAAGACGCCUUCUGGACCCUUCCGCAGAAACAGAAGAUCCGGUUACCUUGGCAACUUGUGAUGAACUUUUGGAUUUAGUCCAGUCUCGAUUAAUUGAUGGAAACAACAAAGAGAGAGAUGCUGCCCUGAGAACACUCAAUGCCAGACUCGGAAGGAGCUCAUGGCUGGUUGGAGACUCACUGUCCUCUGCUGAUAUAGCAGCCUGGUCUGGCAUUAAUCAAAGUAAACUCUCCUCAGAUCUGCCUGUAAAUGUGAAGAAAUGGUUCAAAGCCUGUGAUAACAAUGCCAUGUUUCAGUCAGCCAGGCGAGUUCUACUGUAGGACAUCUAACUCCUAAUGAAUGUGUGUGAUAAAUUAUGAUUGUUUGAAAUAAAUGUUUAACUUAA